AUGGCCUGGUUCAAACAGCUGGCACUCUUCUUGAUCACGGCUCUGCCGCGCAUCGCCGCUCUUCCUGUCAGCGAUGCUAAUGAUAAUUCAAUCAGCGCCGAGGGAAGAUACAUUGUCACUCUCCAAAAUAACAUCCCGCCCUCUGAAUUCAGAUCUCACAUGUCAAGGGUUGCGGCUAUCCAGUACCGCAACUCUGGUAACCACAAGUUUCCUCAUGUUGGUAUUGAAAGGACAUAUGCCAUUGGCGAGUUUCAAGCAUACUCUGGAGCUUUUGACGGCGACACACUCAAGAUGAUCCGAAACGAUACACGGGUUGCGGAAAUCGAGCCUGACGCUGUCUUCACUCUCCACGACAAAGCUUCAUCUCAGUACAACGCACCUUGGGGCCUUGCGACAUUGUCUAGCAAGAGACGCAACACUGCAACUUACCACUACGAUAAGAGCGCCGGCAACGGAACCUUUGCCUAUGUUGUAGACAGCGGCAUCAAUAUCAAGCACCUUGAGUUUGAGGGUCGGGCCUCAAACGGUUACAACGCAAUCGAUGACGACUUCACGGACCUCAAUGGACACGGCACGCAUUGUGCCGGAAUUAUCGGCAGCAAGUCUUUUGGCGUGGCUAAACAGACAGAGCUCAUCGCCGUCAAAGUAUUCCUCAAUCGCGAGACGCUAAUAUCCAACGUCUUGGACGGAUUUCAAUGGGCAGUCAACGACAUUCGUACAAAAGGCCGCCAAAGUCGCGCUGUGAUCAAUAUGUCUUUUGCAGGGGGAGGCUUUUCUCGUGCCAUGAAUCAUGCCGUUGAAUCCGCGUUUGAAAUGGGGGUCUUUACUGUUGUUGCGGCUGGAAAUGAUCAAAAGCCGGCUCGAGACGUUUCGCCGGCGUCGGCGCCAAAUGCCUUCACUGUGGGUGCCAUCGACGCCGAUUGGCACGAGUGGGAGCAUUCCAAUUUCGGCCGAGAGAUCAACAUCUUUGCUCCCGGUGUCGAGAUCGAAUCCACAUUCAUUAGCACAGAGAUGGCAACCCGCAAGCUGUCUGGCACCUCGAUGGCGGCCCCUCAUGUGACUGGUCUUGGGCUGUAUUUGCUCGCGCUGGAGAAUCUCAAGACUCCAACGAUGCUGAGAGAGAGGAUCCUGGGCCUUGGAACAAGGAAUCGGAUUCAUAAUCUCAAAGAUGAAAGCCCUAACUUGAUUGCGCAUAAUGGUCUUCACUGA